AAUGGACAAAAGGAACUAUUUCAUCGUUCUGCUGCUUGUUUUACACCUUCAAUUGACAUUUGGAGAGUUCUUUCCAGGUGCAGAGACAGCAAAUCACAAAGACGGAGGCAGCUGUUCAUUUGAAGAACACUACAGUAAUUGCGGCUACAGCGUUGCAUUGGGGACUAAUGGCUUCGCCUGGGAGCAAGUCAACACCUGGGAGAGGCCGUCCAUGGAUGCUGCCGUUCCCACAGGUUCAUUCAUGAUGGUGAACGCUUCAGGUCGUGCAUCAGGUCAGAAGGCCCACCUGCUUCUCCCCACAUUAAAAGAGAACGACACCCACUGCAUUGACUUCCACUACUCCCUGUCCAGUCGGGAUGGGACAAGUCCUGGAACCCUCAACAUCUACAUAAAGGUGGACGGUGGACCGCAGGGGAACCCCAUCUGGAACGCCUCAGCUCCAGUAACUGAAGGCUGGGUGAAGGCUGAACUAGCCAUCAGCACCUUUUGGCCCAACUCCUACCAGGUUAUUUUUGAGGCAGUGUCUGUACAGGGGCAUCCUGGGUUUAUUGCUGUGGAUGAGAUACACGUAUUUGCCCACCCGUGCCGCAAGACGCCACAUUUUCUGCGGCUGCAGAAUGUAGAGGUGAAUGUGGGACAGAACGCAACCUUUCAAUGUACUGCUGGAGGCAAAUGGUCACAACAUGAUAAACUCUGGCUUCAGCAAUGGAAUGGUAAAGACACGUCUCUCAUGGUAACUCGCGUGGUGAACCAUCGGCGAUUUUCAGCCACUGUUAGCGUAAUGGACACGUCACAGCGUAGCAACAGCCGUUACCGCUGCGUCAUUCGCUCUGAUGGGGGGUCUGGAGUAUCCAACUACGCUGAGCUCAGCGUCAAAGCACCCCCAACACCCAUUGCUCCCCCUGAGCUUCUAGCAGUUGGUGCCACCUACCUGUGGAUUAAGCCAAAUGCUAACUCCAUCAUUGGUGAUGGCCCCAUCAUGCUCAAAGAGGUGGAGUACUGCACCACCACAGGAAACUGGGCUGAGACACACGUUGUGGAUGCACCAACUUACAAGCUCUGGCAUUUGGACCCAGACGUGGAGUAUGAGAUUAAAGUUCUAUUGACCCGACCUGGAGAGGGUGGCACAGGGCCGCCAGGGCCACCGCUCAUCACUCGGACCAAAUGUGCUGAUCCAGUCAAUGGUCCCCAGAAUGUGAAUGUGGUGGACAUACGUGCUCGUCAGCUGACCUUGCAGUGGGAAACCUUUGGGUAUGCAGUGACACGCUGCCAUAGCUUCAACCUGACUGUACAAUACCAGUAUGUCUUCAACCAGCAGGAGUUUGCCGCUGAGGAGCUCAUACCCACUUCUUCUCAUUACACACUGAGAGGACUCAGGCCUUUUGUGACGGUCCGGCUACGACUGGUGCUGGCCAACCCUGAGGGCAGUAAAGAAAGUGAAGACAUCGUCAAACAGACAGAGGAAGAUGUUCCUGGCACCAUUCCCAUGGAGUCUAUUCAAACAGGCCCCUACGAGGAGAAAAUCUUCUUGCAGUGGAAGGCCCCCAAUGAAACCAAUGGAGUCAUCACUCUGUAUGAGAUCACAUAUAAGGCUCUUAGCUCUCUAGACCCCAGCGCUGAUCUGUCUACACAACGUGGUCGGGUCUUUAAACUCCAAAAUGAGACCCAUCAUCUCUUUGUGGGGUUGUAUCCUGGUACCACCUACUACUUUACUCUGAAAGCCAGCACAAACAAAGGAUUUGGCCCACCUGUGACCACCCGUAUAGCCACCAAGAUCGCAGCUCCAUCCAUGCCUGAAUAUGAGACAGACUCUCCUCUCAAUGAAACUGAUACGACAAUCACUGUCCUCUUAAAACCUGCCCAAUCACGAGGAGCCCCUGUCAGUGCCUAUCAAGUGGUUGUUCAAGAGAAACGAAAGCAGAAAGUUCGACGAGCCACUGAUGUUUUGGAGUGUUUCCCAGUUCCUGUUAGCUUCAGAAACGCCUCCAUCUUGGAUUCACCUCACUAUUUUGCUGCCGAACUGCCCCCUGUUAGCCUUGCUGUGGUUCAGCCCUUUACUAUAGGAGACAACAAGACUUAUAAUGGCUACUGGAAUGCACCACUGUCUCCAGCCAAGAGCUACAGUAUUUACUUUCAGGCCAUGAGUAAAGCCAAUGGGGAAACCAAGAUCAACUGUGUGCGACUAGCUACCAAAGGUAGGGGACAAAAUACCACGCCCUACAUACUUGUCAUUCCCAGUGAAGGUGCCUCUACCCAGAAUUCCAAUGACAUAGAACCUGAAAAACAGGUGGAUGGCACUGUAAAGAUGGCUGGCGUCAUUGCUGGAAUCCUGAUGUUUGUCAUUAUUCUCCUGGGCGUCCUCCUCACCUUCAAACGCAGAAGAAAUGCGUAUUCCUACUCUUAUUACCUGAAACUGGCUAAAAAACAGAAGGAGACAGCCAGCAGUAGUACGCAAAGAGAGAUGGGUCCUGUAGGCACAGCAGAUAAAAGCACUGGGAAAGUCAGCACCCUACACAAGGACGACCCGUUCUCCACCAGCAAUCAGGACCUCAACGGAUUCUCCUCCUCGUCUCCAUGCUCCUUCUCUAUUCAGGGUAAAGCCCUUCAGAGUAAAACCCUCCUCAACUCUUACUACUCAGUUUCUAAGGAACCAGUCCCUGCCACAGCAUCCAUAGAUGGAAGCCACAGUGAGAUGUCCCAGCCCUCGAUGACCAUCCAGACAUACCCAUAUGGGGGCUGUGAGUCAGUGGAGAUGUCCUAUCAAGCCGGCCAGUUCCAACCAGCCAUACGAGUUGCAGACUUGCUCCAACACAUCACCCAGAUGAAGUGUGGGCAGGGUUAUGGGUUUAAAGAGGAGUAUGAGGGUCUGGCUGAGGGACAAACGGCCCCAUGGGAAACAGCCAAGAAGGAUGAGAACCGCAACAAGAAUCGCUAUGGCAACAUCAUCGCUUACGAUCACACUCGUGUACGCCUGCAACUGCUGGAUGGAGACCCCCACUCUGACUACAUAAACGCCAACUACAUAGACGGCUACCACAGACCAAGGCACUACAUAGCCACACAAGGCCCCAUGCAGGAAACAGUGAGGGAUUUCUGGAGGAUGAUUUGGCAAGAGAAUUCUGCCAGUAUCGUCAUGGUAACCAACCUGGUGGAAGUGGGCAGGGUGAAAUGUGUUCGGUACUGGCCAGAUGAGACCGAAGUGUAUGGAGACAUCAAAGUGACGCUGAUCGAAACUGAGCCGCUUGCCGAAUAUGUGAUCAGAACCUUUACUGUUCAAAAGAAGGGUCAUCAUGAGAUUCGGGAGAUCCGGCAGUUCCAUUUCACCAGUUGGCCUGAUCACGGCGUUCCCUGCUAUGCCACCGGCCUGCUGGGCUUCAUCCGACAGGUCAAGUUCCUCAAUCCUCCAGACGCAGGACCUAUCGUCGUACAUUGCAGUGCUGGUGCUGGCAGAACAGGCUGUUUUAUUGCAGUGGACAUUAUGUUAGACAUGGCGGAGAGUGAAGGAGUGGUGGACAUCUUCAACUGUAUCAGAGAGCUGCGCUCACAGAGAGUCAACAUGGUACAGACUGAGGAGCAGUAUGUGUUUGUGCAUGAUGCCAUUCUAGAAGCAUGUUUAUGUGGGAACACAGCGAUUCCAGUGUGUGAUUUCAGAGCCAUCUACUACAACAUCAGUAGAUUGGACCCUCAAACCAACUCCAGCCAGAUCAAAGAUGAAUUUCAAACUCUGAAUAUAGUCACACCUCGUGUUCGUCCGGAGGACUGCAGCGUGGGCCUGCUCCCACGCAACCACGAUAAAAACCGCAGCAUGGACGUCCUCGCGGUGGAUCGCUGCCUGCCUUUCCUCAUUUCUGUUGACGGCGAGUCAAGCAAUUACAUAAACGCAGCGCUAAUGGACAGCCACAAACAGCCAGCGGCCUUCAUCGUAACGCAGCACCCGCUGCCCAACACUGUGGCUGACUUCUGGAGGCUAGUGUUCGACUACAACUGCUCCACCAUCGUCAUGUUAAAUGAAAUGGAUGCUGCACAACUCUGCAUGCAGUACUGGCCUGAGAAAGGCUCCUGCUGCUACGGCCCCAUUCAAGUUGAAUUCAUCUCCGCAGACAUUGAUGAGGACAUUAUCAAUCGUAUUUUCAGGAUCUGCAACAUGGCACGGCCUCAAGACGGCUACCGACUGGUUCAGCAUUUCCAGUUCAUUGGAUGGCCGGCAUACAGAGACACACCGCUGUCCAAACGCUCCAUUCUGCAACUGGUCAGACGACUUGCCAAGUGGCAGGAGCAAUAUGACGGAGGAGACGGCCGCACUGUAGUCCAUUGCUUGACUGGUGGAGGACGCAGCGGGACCUUCUGUGCCAUCUGUAGCAUCUGUGAGAUGAUCCAGCAGCAGAACAUCGUGGACGUGUUCCACACGGUGAAGACGCUGAGGAACAACAAAGCUAACAUGGUGGAGACAAUGGAACAGUACAAAUUCUGUUAUGAGGUGGCUCUGGAGAGCUUGAAUGCCUUCUAAACAUAUGAAAGGUGAAGAAGAGAGAAAAACGAGCCAGGCUAUCUCAAAAUGACAUCACAUCUCAUCUCAUCACAGACUGAUCCUCUGGAAUGACAACAGGAGAGAAAAGUUCAACAACCCUCAACUCGGUUCAGUGUAAAAUACUGUAUAAAUAAAACAAAACCUUUUUUGCUAUUUCUUUCUUCUUCUGUCAAUGUCCAGCAUCAGAGCGUGUAUCCUGGACCGUGAAGUGAUCUUGUACAGUCUUUUUCCUUUUUAGCAUAUGCCUUGAAUGUUAAACUUCAUCAAUGGUGAAAAAAAAGGUUCUUUCUACAUGCCAGCUGGGAAUAACCAAAUAGACUUUCUGCAAGCUAUAUGUACAGAUUUAAAGAAAAUACAAAAAAACAUGACAAAGCUUAAGCGAAUUUGCAGAGAAACAGGAGGACAGAUAUUUUUGUUAUUCUGAUGAUUUUGUGGUUCCUCUCUUUGGUGCAUUUUCUCUGCCUGCUAUCUCAUAAAUGUAUGCAGUUUGCCUACAGACCAACAUACCGAUUUUCCGUUCAUUGGAAUGUUGAAGCUAAUUUGUUCUAUUGCUAUUUCUGUUUAUUUUCUUUUAGUGUUUGUUCUUCAUAAAAUCAUUCGUUGCCAUUUUUGUUCUGUCUUUCUUGGUAUAGGCAGUGAACGUUAAAAGAUGAAACGUGUAUCUAGUGUUUUCUGUUUUGUCAUUUGCACUUUAUACGUCUUUUACCUC